ACAUUUUGCCAUCGCAUCGCGAUUGUCGUUCGUUUGUUUUGCUGCGCGUUUCUCAAACGUUUUCCACGGUUUUUCUUCUCCAGGUUUGGUGAUUUUCCUGCGGCCGCAGUGUUCCAAAGUGAAAAUGGCCCACAUCCCGGCGACGUCGCUGGGCAGCAAAAACAAGAAGCACUUCCUGGGCGUGCCGGCUCCGCUGGGGUACGUGGCCGGUGUUGGUCGUGGUGCGACCGGAUUCACGACCCGGUCGGAUAUCGGUCCGGCGCGGGAUGCUAAUGAUGUUUCGGACGAUCGGCAUGCUCCGCCUGCGGCGAAGCGCAAGAAGAAGGAUGAGGACGAGGACGACGAUGAAGAUUUGAACGAUUCGAAUUACGACGAGUUUUCCGGGUACAGCGGGUCGUUGUUUUCGAAGGAUCCGUACGAUAAGGACGAUGCGGAGGCGGACGCGAUUUACGAGAGUAUUGAUAAGCGGAUGGACGAGAAGCGGAAGGAGUACCGGGAGAAGCGGUUGAAGGAGGACUUGGAGCGGUACCGGCAGGAGCGCCCGAAGAUUCAGCAGCAGUUUAGCGAUUUGAAGCGGAACUUGAUUGCGGUGAGCGAGGAUGAGUGGGCGAAUUUGCCGGAGGUGGGGGAUAGCAGGAAUAAGAAGCAGCGGAACCCGAGGGCGGAGAAGUUUACGCCGCUGCCGGACAGUGUGCUGUCGAGGAAUUUGGGCGGGGAGAGUACGACGGCGAUUGACGGGCGGUCGGGGUUGGCGUCGAUGAUUCCGGGGGUGGCCACGCCGGGGAUGUUGACGCCGAGUGGCGAUAUGGACUUGCGAAAGAUUGGCCAGGCGAGGAACACGUUGAUGAAUGUGAAGUUGUCGCAGGUGUCGGAUUCGGUGGCUGGGCAGACGGUGGUUGAUCCGAAGGGAUAUUUGACGGAUUUGCAGAGCAUGAUUCCGACUUAUGGUGGGGACAUAAAUGACAUUAAGAAGGCACGGCUGCUGUUGAAGAGUGUCCGCGAGACCAAUCCGAACCAUCCGCCGGCCUGGAUUGCAUCGGCUCGGUUGGAGGAGGUCACCGGGAAGGUGCAGAUGGCUCGUAACUUGAUCAUGCGCGGUUGCGAGGUGAAUCCGUUGAGCGAGGAUCUUUGGCUGGAGGCGGCUCGGCUGCAGCCGCCGGACACGGCCAAGGGUGUGAUUGCCCAGGCGGCGAGACACAUCCCGACGUCGGUGAGGAUUUGGAUUAAGGCCGCUGAUUUGGAGACUGAGGCGAAGGCAAAGCGGCGGGUGUUUCGUAAGGCGUUGGAGCACAUUCCGAACUCGGUGCGGCUGUGGAAGGCCGCGGUGGAGAUUGAGAAUCCGGAGGACGCUAAAAUUUUGCUGUCCCGAGCGGUCGAGUGUUGUAACACCAGCGUGGAGUUGUGGCUGGCGUUGGCCCGGUUGGAAACGUACGAAAAUGCUCGUAAGGUGUUGAAUAAGGCGCGCGAGAAUAUCCCAACGGAUCGACAGAUUUGGACGACGGCCGCGAAGUUGGAGGAGGCGAACGGGAACAACCACAUGGUGGAGAAGAUCAUCGAUCGUGCGAUGACCUCGCUGAGUGCCAACGGCGUUGAAAUCAACCGCGAUCAGUGGCUGCAGGAAGCGAUGGAGGCGGAAAAGGCCGGCGCGAUCAAGUGCUGUCAGGCGAUUGUAAAGGCGGUGAUCAGCGCUGGGAUCGACGAGGAAGAUCGCAAGCAGACGUGGAUUGACGACGCCGACAACUGCGCCAAGGAGGGAGCUUUCGAGUGCGCUCGAGCAGUUUACACUUUCGCAUUGGCGGAGUUUCCCUCGAAGAAGAGCAUUUGGCUGCGGGCAGCUUACUUCGAGAAGAACCACGGAACGCGCGAAAGUCUGGAGGCAAUUCUGCAGAAAGCCGUUGCGCACUGUCCCAAGUCGGAGGUUCUCUGGCUGAUGGGCGCCAAGUCCAAGUGGAUGGCCGGCGAUGUCCCCGCGGCACGUGGCAUUCUCUCGCUUGCUUUCCAGGCCAAUCCCAACUCGGAGGACAUUUGGUUGGCCGCCGUCAAGCUCGAGUCGGAAAACUCCGAAUACGAACGCGCUCGCCGUCUUCUGGCCAAAGCCCGCGCCUCAGCUCCAACUCCGCGCGUCAUGAUGAAGUCCGCCAAGCUGGAGUGGGCCCUCGACAAUCUUGAGGCCGCUCUCAGCCUGCUGGAAGACGCCGUCAAAGUAUUCCCCGACUUUGCCAAACUCUGGAUGAUGAAGGGCCAAAUCGAAGAGCAGAAAAAGCUGCUCGACCGCGCCGUCGAAACCUACAACGGCGGCCUCAAAAAAUGCCCCAACUCAAUCCCGCUCUGGCUACUUCUCUCGUCCCUCGAAGAACGCCAAAACCUGCUCACCAAAUCCCGCUCCGUCCUGGAACGAGGCCGUCUCAAAAACCCCAAAAACGCCACCCUCUGGCUGGCGGCGAUCCGCAUCGAAAUCCGCGCCGGCCUCAAGGACAUGGCCAACACGCUGAUGGCGCGCGCCCUCCAGGAAUGUCCCAACGCCGGCGAACUGUGGGCCGAGGCCAUCUUCCUCGAGGCACGCCCCCAGCGCAAAACCAAGUCCGUCGACGCGCUCAAAAAGUGCGAACACGACCCGCACGUCCUGCUGGCCGUUUCCAAGCUGUUCUGGAGCGAGCGCAAGAUCCAAAAGUGUCGCGACUGGUUCAACCGCACCAUCAAAAUCGACCCGGACUUUGGCGACUCGUGGGCGUACUACUACAAGUUUGAGCUGCAGCACGGCACCGAGCAGCAGCAGAAGGAGCUGCUGGAGCGGUGCGUGGUGGCGGAACCGAAGCACGGCGAGGAGUGGUGCCGCGUUAGCAAGGACAUCGCCAACUGGUGCCUCAAGACGGACGAGGUGUUGCGGGCGGUGGUGAAGGUGCUGCCGACGCCGAUUUAAGGAAAGUGGGGGAGAGUUUGGGCAAUUUUUUUGUCGUGAG